CUUUCAGCUCACAAAAUUCACUAGUUAAAGGUAGCUGCAGCCAGGUGGUUAUCUGAAGAGAGAUCCAUCUUUGACCAUUAAUUUCUUGUUCAAGGUUUGAUCACCUCGAAACCCAAUAGUUGGUCAUGAUGCCACCUCGUAGAUAUGCGUUUGGGAGGGCAGAGGAGGCCACCCACCCUGACUCCAUGAGAGCCACCUUGUCUGAACUCGUCGCCACUUUCAUUUUCGUCUUUGCAGGGGAAGGCUCCGUUCUUGCUCUAGGUAAGUUAUAUGCAGGUGCGACGGCUUUAACAGUUCCGGCUCUGGUGAUGGUGGCACUUGCACAUGGGUUGGCGCUGUUUGCUGCGGUGUCGGCAAGCAUCAACGUAUCAGGGGGGCAUGUGAACCCAGCUGUUACCUUCGGUGCCCUUGUGGGUGGCAGAAUCUCUCUCCUCCGUGCUUUGUACUACUGGGUUGCUCAGCUCUUGGGUGCUGUUCUCGCUGCUCUCCUCUUGAGGUUCGCCACUGGUGGCCUGAGGCCAGUGGGAUUCACAAUAGCCUCAGGAUACGACGAGUGGCAUGCAAUGCUUCUCGAGAUAGCAAUGACAUUUGGGCUGGUGUACACAGUGUAUGCGACUGCAAUUGAUCCAAAGAGGGGGAGUCUGGGAGUGAUAGCGCCACUGGCCAUAGGGUUCAUAGUUGGGGCAAACAUACUUGUGGGAGGAGCCUUUGAUGGAGCAUCGAUGAACCCAGCAAGGGCAUUUGGGCCUGCUCUUGUGGGUUGGAGGUGGAGGUACCAGUGGGUGUACUGGGUGGGGCCUCUUGUUGGUGGUGCUCUUGCUGCUCUCAUAUAUGAAUUUCUCGUAAUACCCACCGAGCCCCAACAUAUUCACACACACCACCAGCCUUUGGCUCCUGAGGACUACUAGACUGCAACUACAUAGGACACCGUCUGCCCUCUGUUACUUCCACUUCUGCUGCCGAUUCCCCUCUUCUGUAUCUAAAUUUGCUUGCACCUUCUGUUCUGCUUCUCUUUCUAUGCGUUUGUGGUGUUGUUUGCUCGGUUAUAUGACAUUGCCAAAUAAAGA